AUGGCGGCAAACAUUACUAUGCCACCCCGUGGUGCCCGUGGGGCUCCCAUUUUCGAUUCCAAGCAGCCCCGUGAGCUGCUUCGUUUCUUUUCGGACUUGGAGUAUCACUUUGGCGCCGCUGGUGUCACCAAUGACCAGGAAAAGAAGAAACAUGCCGUCCGUUACCUUCCAUUCGACGAUGCAGAAGUCUGGGAAUCUUUGGAAUCUUUUGCGGCUCCCAGCUCCUACGAUCAGUUCAAAGCCGCCGUCCUGAAACUCUACCCUGGCACUGAUGCUGACCGACGCUAUUCGCUUUCAGACAUGCAUGCUUUGAUUGGGGAGUACGCCAGUAUUGGCAUCCUUUCACGUGUGGAUUACAGCGAAUUCUAUCGUCGCUUUUUGGUCAUUACAAAGUUCCUGGUCGACAAAUCUCGCCUGUCAAAGGCUGAGCAGUCUCGUGCCUUUCGUCGCGCCAUUUCUGCCUCGUCUCUUUGGCCCCGUGUCCAUCAGCGUCUCCAAGUCAAGAAACCCGAUGUUCACCCAGAUGAUCCGUACGAUAUCACGGACAUGAAUGAAGCCAUGGAAUUCGUUCUAGCGGAUUCUUCCUUUGGCUCUGUAGCGCCGCCAACAACGUCUCCAUCCCCGUCUGUUCCUGUGAAACAGGAAUCUGAGCCGAAUAUUGCUCAGCUCAUCGAGUCUAUGAAUGGACUAAUGAAAGUCCUUGCCGCGCAGGCCGCUGUCACUGCCCAGGCAGUGGCUGCUCAACAGUCUAUUCGAACAGCUCCUUCGGCAAUGACUGUCAAUUCGACUCCUCGGGAUCUCACCUGCAGCUAUUGCAGUGAAAACGGACAUUUCAUCAUUCGAUGCCCUCACGUGGACGAAGAUAUUCAAGCUGGGAAGUGUAAGCGUAACACAGAGGGGCAGGUCGUCCUGCCCAGCGGCGCUUAUAUCCCACGACGGAUCAUGGGUGUCAAUCUACGGGCUCGAUUCGACGAAUAUCACCGCCAGAAUCCCGGCCAAAUGGGUGUUGCUCAAAAUCUGGUCGAGGUUGCGACUCAUUUCUUGUCCUCUAGCGUUGAGCCCCCUGCUGUUCCAGUGUUCACUUUAUCAGAAUCUGAACGAAUUCAAGCUCUCGAGCGCGAAAUCCUGGCAAUGCGCACUCGAUCCCAGGCACGUGCUGCACUGGAUCGGUCUGGAGACCGCGUCGAAGCUCCGGAACAAGCAGUCCGACCUGCGGCUCGAUCUACACCUGCCCCUGCUCGUAUGCCGGCCCCAGCUCCCACUCCCGCUCCUGUGACCCGUCCUCCGGCUGCUAUCCCCGCUACUGCACCUGAACAUCCCUACGCAAAAGCCAAAGAUGCUGCGUAUGCUCCUCCCCGUGACCAUAACGUUGGGGCUCGAGUUCCGGCCGUUCCCGCUAAGAAAACUGAUCCUGCGUACCGUUCUGUGGCUCCGAUUUAUGAUUCGAAACACGAGGACGUUGUCUUUGGCCGGAUUCUUGGAACUAAGGUCGAAAACUCGAUCGAAGAGAUCCUUUCGAUCUCUCCUGGUGUACGGGCCCGUAUAAGUAACGCCACUACCAGCCCGCCGCGUUCCUCCUCCCUCUGGUGCCGAUUCUAA